AUAUAGAACAAACAGAUAAUUUUGAUAACGUAUAUCAUGGUAUAUAUGUAAAUUUAGCUGAUGAAAGAAUUAAUAGAAAUAAUGCUAUUUUGAAUCAAAAUGUAAAUGAUUUUGUUUCAUUAUUAAAAAAAUUUUAUCCUUUUACGGAAUCUGUUAAUCCAUGUUUUAGAAGAGCAAAACAUAACUUAAAUAAAUUACAAGUUGUAAACGAUAACUUACACAAUAGUGUUAAUGUAGUAUAUGAUAAUUUAUUUAAUGAAAAUAUUAAUUUAUCUUCUAACGAACACUACCAUUUAUUACAACAAUUAUUAAAAAUUAUAUUAAAUAUCAACUUGUGCGAUAUUGAGGAAACUAUAAGAGAAUGUGCAUAUAACGUACUAAAGGAUAAAUCAGUAGAUGCAAGUGUUCAUUCAAAAAGAGCUCACAGAAUGAAAUUAUUAGGAAGCUUAAUGCUACAAAAAUCUCAUGAAUAA